AAUCGUUAUUUCGAAAUGAAGGUGUUCAUAUUGACCGUACUCCUAGGCGCUCUUGUGGCACCGACAAUUGUUAGUGCCGCAUGUGGCACGUGUGAGGAUGCACACGCCUGCAUCGGUGAAUCGGAAUUCCAGUUGUGCUACGAUGGUGUCCGGGACCAGACUAUCAACUACACCUGCCCCGAAUCUAGGCCCAUCUGCACGCCCUACGGGAUAAUUUGUUUGGCAAAUGCCACAGAUGUAGAACGCGGCUGUGGUGAUGUCUCCAAUUGCGGAGUCUGCUCGGGAGACACCACUUUCGCGUGUACUUCAAGGACCACAUUUGCUAUUUGCAACAGUGGAGGAGUUUCCGCCAAUAAUUUCGACUGUGCAGAUGACUAUGUGUGCAGUGUUAAAAAUGCAGCCAACGGAAGUCCUUGCAUUUCCCGGUGCGAUUCUACCGACUCAGAUAUAUGUGAUCGAAUCCUGGACACCGAUGUGGAAAGCACCACGACAUCAGUGACUCCCACUGUGACUUCUACAGAGUCAUCCACAGUCACCACUGACUCUUCGACAGGAUCAACUGGGGAUUCCACUGUGACUGCUACCACUGACUCUUCGACCGGAUCGACUGGGGAUACCUCCACUGGAUCGUCUUCCGUAACUUCUUCGGACACCUCAACGGAGAGCACAGUGACUGCUACUGAUCCAGGAAGCACCACCCCAGGCACUGCAACCACUCCAGCCUUCAAUGAAGCCACCUAUUGCCAGGGAAUCAACUCUACGGGUCGCUAUCCCAUACCCAGUGACACAGUGUGUACCAGCUACAUCUACUGUGUUCUGAGGAGUGGAAACUGGACAGGAUUGCUCUACAAUUGCAACGCGCAGAGACCUUACUUCGAUGCCGAUACUUUCAAUUGUGGUACUGUAAGACCAUCUUAUGCCGGGUGCACUAAUUUAGCCUAAAUCAACAUAAUUUGUUACCUUAAUAAAUAGUACGCAAUUUUAUUUAGUAAACGAAAUGAAAAA